CCAAUCAUUUACCGAGUCCUAGAGAGCAGACGGCUUGUUGACUUGUUAUUCACAGGAAGUGUCAAAGUCGAAUUGGAGCAAAGACGUUGAUGACUGUAUACGAAAAUCUGAAAUUUUUCUAUUAUCAAAACGUCUCGUUGUAUGCAUCCUCAUUAGUAAAGCGUUUCGGCCGAUUUAAGUUUUGUGAUUACUCAGAUGGGCGUCUCAGUUUCGUGGUAGCUGUGCAACAGGGGAAGAAAUGUGUCGCUGACACACUUGUUAAUUCAUUUUCUUUACGCAAAACUGAAACAGUAUGCCUGGACUAGUGGCCUUCGGUCGAAGAUGGGAAAUCGGCUCGGAUGAUUUAGUUUUGCCUUGCUUAGUGGAGAGUUUCACACGGAUGAUCUGGUUCUUUGUCACUGUAGUCAUAUGGAUGUACCAUGCCCCGUACCUGAACUGUGAAGAUGGACAAAUCCUGCAGAUGUAUCUAGGUGGUGUACUCUUCAUAUUAAUCAUUAUUUUGAUGGCCAACACCUUCCUCAUCAAGCAUAGCAUGAGAGGGGCAAUCAUGGAUGUUAGGGCAAGAAAACAUGUCCCAACCAUUCUCUAUACCAGAAUAAUUCUAGGUGUUCCAGAAAUAGCUUGGACAGUUGUUGGAUCAGUUAGAGUGUUCAAAACCAAUGACAGUUGUAUCCAAUCAGAAAUGACCCUCUAUGCUGUGCAAGGGCUGGUUAUAUUUAAUUGGAUCUUGGUUUCCCUCUUUCUUGUUGGGGUAAUGCUUGUCUUUGAUCCCCUGGGUCACCACUAUAUCAGUAGCCAGGGCACCGAUACAGUCGAUGCACGUUCGCCAUUAGAAGUCGGUUUCGAGCAAAGGACAAGAAUAUGGGAAUGGCGGUGCAAAUUUCUUUGUUGCUCAUGCUGUUCAAGUGCGUGCUGUUCGCGAUCUGGUGACAAUGCAAGCAUUAACGACGCUUUUAGCGACGUGGCGGAAGUGCUGACUACCCUUUUCCACGAUCUGGACUUGGUCCCGUCUGACAUCGCAGCUGGGCUGUUAUUGCUCCAUUUGCGAACUAAGCGGGGGAGAGAAGAGGUACGUCUUCGUCGAAUGUCGAAUCAAAUCCGACGGCCCAUUACCGAGCCUCCUCGCCCAUCAGCCAAUAACGUACUUACGUCCAGUCCGACGGCCGAUGCGGCAUCUCGAGCCGAAUUCAGCCCUUCGGCACUAUCUGUACCGCCUUCCGCCGCAUGCAGUCCCAACGUCGCCACGGGUACCAUGCACCAUCUGGGAAGCAUCAUGGAGGAAUCGCCAUUAGCUGUCAUGCGCUCCCACGAAGCCUACGACUGGAUGAAUCCCUUUACGGCUCACGUUUAUAUGAAGUACGCUCUGGGAUCCUACGGAUGGAUGUGGUACUUGGCAGGAGGCUGCUGGAAAGGCCUCUGCACUUUAAAAAAGGAGCUCGUCUGUUUCUCUUGCUUUAGGCAAAGAUCGUCAAGGCAAAUGGAUGAUAACUGUUGCCACUGUAAUUUAGCAGCACUCAAAACAGUGACUCAACUUGAUGAAAAGGACCUCGUUUGCGUCUCAUUUCAUAACAGUAUUUAUGAAGUUCCUUACUUUGUUGCGCUAGACCACCAAACGUCGUCGGUAGUUGUAGCCAUCCGAGGUACACUUUCUGGCCACGACGCGCUUACAGAUCUGGCUGCUAUGACUGACCCCAUUUCAGUGGAAGGGUUGCCUGUCGGUUGGACUGCCCACCGUGGCAUGUUACAAUCAGCCAACUUUGUCCUUAGACAACUCGAGAGCAAAGAAAUACUGAAACAGACUUUUAUGCAGUACCCCAACUACCAUUUGGUCAUCACGGGCCAUUCUCUCGGUGCCGGAGCGGCGGUACUCCUCUCGAUUUUGCUCAAACCGAGCUACCCGAAAGUGCGAUGUUUCUCAUUCUCUCCGCCUGGUGGACUCCUCUCACUGGCAGCUGCGCGCUUCACCGAGACAUUUUGUAUGUCUGUCAUUAUCGGCGACGACCUGGUACCCCGACUUAGUCUUUCCACGUUAGAUUUGCUCAAGCGACAGAUGAUUGCCGAGCUAGAAGCUUGUCGUCAUCCGAAGUAUCGCAUAUUUCUCCGUGGCUGUUGGGAGGUCAUUUUUGGAAGGCCCAAUUCUUACCAGCAACCAGAAACUACUCAUCCACUGCUUAGCGAUACGCCGAACAAUAAUUUGUCUUAUCAGGACUCGUUUAGCGAACAACCACCUCGUUUUCAAUCCCCUUCGAAUCGUUCUUGUUCAGUAGACGUCACACAACAACUUUACCUGCCUGGCCGAAUUCUCCAAGUGGAAGAACGCGAACCUGUUGAUUCCGGGACUUACAUGCACCCGACAAUGUACGAGGCGCGCUGGAUGCAGCGUGAAGAUUAUAACCAGAUUAUCGUCACUCCGAGGAUGUUAAAGGACCAUACUCCGGAUUCAGUUUGCCGUGUCCUUCAAGGCUUGUCCGCUCAGUACGAGUCUUCCUUGAGCGCCGUUGAAACUCGUGAGGCCUGAAAAUGCCUAAAAUCCCAUCUACGUCAUACGGGUUGAACCUGCCUGCCUUCGAACUUUCAGAUUAUAGUCACCUUUUUGUUGAUUUCUUACGUCAUUCCCUUUUUUUGUUACUCCGGAGUUACGAAUUCUUCAUUGCUCUCAUUUAUCUUAAUGGCCUUUACCCAUUCUUGUUCAUUUUCUAUUUUUUUUGUUUGUAAAAAUUAGUGUUACCAGAUGUAUUUUGUCUGGUACAUGGGCUAUAGAUUGAAUCAACUCUG